AGAAGAUGGCGCUACCCUUACUCAGAUGUAGUUGUAGGAGGCCUCUGACGGUCCUGACGCCGUAUUUAAGAUUGGAGAGAGCUGCUUUAAUUAGGCAUUUCACCAAAGGACCAGUAACGACUGCUGUUUCCAGUGUCAGAUAUUACAGUUCAGAGGGAAACAGGCAUCAGAAAGUGGUUGUACUUGGCAUUCCAAACCCCUUCAUAUGGUUCCGGACUCGAAUAUAUUACUUUUUGAUUCGGACAUACUUUGACAGAGAAUUCAGCAUUGAAGAGUUUACUGACGGAGCGAAACAGGCAUUCUCGCACGUGUCACGACUUCUGUCCCAGUGUCAGUUUGGCGCACUCGAAGGACUGGUUGCUAAAGACCUAAUUGGGAAACUGGAGCAGAAAUGUCUUAAUCUUCCUUUGAGCCACAAGAGGGCGCUGUCCGCUGAUCCAGAAGAGAUCAUGUACACCACACCAGGGGAUGUGGGCAUCUACUAUGACAACAACGGGAGGAAAUUUGUGAGCAUUUUGAUGCGCUUCUGGUACUUAACCAGUGCCCACCUGCCCGAGGACACUAUGGAAGGAACACGCACCUUCCAGGUGGCCCUUGGAGAUGGUGAAAAGCCAGAGAGCAAGAGACUGCUCACUGCCAACUAUGAAUUCCAGAGGGAGUUUACCCAGGGAGUAACGCCAGACUGGACCAUUACAAGAAUAGAGCACUCCAAGUUACUUGAUUAAAAUAUUUAGAAUUUUAUAAACCCCUAUUUGUAUGGCACUACAUUGGCAAGGCCUAUAUUCUUGACAAGUUUAUUUGGAAAGUAAUGCAUCUUAUCAAAAAUUACAAAGGUACAUAUAAAUAUUGUGCUAAUUCUGGACAAUUAUGGAUGCUGCAAGGCAAAAGUGCAACUGUAUAAAGUCCAUAUGUGAUUUUGGCCUAAUUUAAAAGGAAUCACAAGUGUCAGAUUAGUAAAUUAUGGAAUUAUACAUUUAAAAAGACUACAGGUCACGACAUUUACUGUAUGUUUUGGUUGUGAGAGUUAAUCUUUCCCUUCCAUGUGUGUUUAAUAAUGCUGCCUCUUUUGUUUAUAGUUUUAUAUUGCAAUAAAUUAUACAAAGUUCUUAGAAUUUCAGGUUCAGUGCUGUAAUGGAUAGUAACAAUAAUCUGAUAUGUCUGCGUUUCCCAAAAAUCACAUUUUGGGCGGGUGGCAGUUAAAUCUGCAGAAUGAAACGUGUUACGUGAAUUCAGUGAAGCAGUUCUGAAUUCUUGUAUAAAAAAACUAUACAGUAAAAUGUGCCAAUAAGAGCUUUAACAACUUUAUGACAAAGGUCACUAGAUGUAGGCACUGCUGGUUUCUUUGGAUUGAAACAUGACAAUGUGUGGAAACAGUUAGUGCAUUGUUUUUGUUUUUGUUUUUGUUUUUGUUUUGUUUUUUGUCAGUGGGAUGGUCUGGUUAAGUUGGAAUGUUGCAGUCUCUUCUCCACCUCUUGGACCAUGUGUUUCAGCAGCAGGGCAAUGCCCCAACAACUUUGUAACCAAUGAAUAAUAAAAGAACUGUAUAAUUGUAAUUUUACAUCAUAUGUAUAAUUUGUAGAAACCAGAUAAAGAACAAAUAAUGUAUGAUAUGUAUGCUGUGUAUGAUACCAUAUGGGUGGUAUGGGUGAUGCUACACUCCGCACAGCUGCAGGAGGCCACUCAAUACAGCAACCGGACAGCGGCCCUCGUUGCAAUGUAGCUAAGAGUGGAGCUGGAGGCAAAAACACUACAACCCCUUGUGUACUUACUGCUAUAACAACAUGACUUAUCAGUGCUGACAAUGUGUGAUGAUUUGAGGUGUACCUGGUGAGAAGGCUGCAUGGGAAGAGCUUGAGCUACAGAACUUCCUGUACGUCAUGCUGGAGGAGGAGUUGAGGCGGCCAU